AUGCAGACAAAAUGGGGCCCCGGUUGGACAAGAAGGGUCCUGCAGCUCGGGGUCAUCUGGGUCUCUGCACACCUGCCUGUCCGUGGUGUCUCCCUGCCCCAGCGCCUGCCGGGGGACACAGGAAACGGCACGCAAUGCGCUGUCUCUCCAGCGUCGGAGUUUCCGGAAGGGUUCUUCACCAAGCAGCAGAGCAUGGAUGGAGGCGUCGUGAUCUACUUCCUCAUUAUCCUCUACAUGCUCAUGGCUGUGUCCAUCGUCUGUGACAAGUACUUCUUGCCCUCCCUGGAAAUCAUCAGUGACUCCCUUGGACUGUCACAGGAUGUUGCAGGUGCAACUUUCAUGGCUGCAGGUAGCUCCGCCCCUGAACUAGUAACUGCCUUUUUAGGUGUAUUUCUCACAAAGGGAGAUAUUGGUAUCAGCACCAUACUAGGAUCUGCAAUUUAUAAUCUCCUUGGCAUCUGUGCCGCCUGUGGCCUGCUUGCCAACAUGGUUUCAACACUCUCAUGCUGGCCCCUGUUCCGAGACUGUGCAGUGUAUGCAGUUAGUGUAGGAGCAGUUUUUGCCAUAAUAUUUGACAACCGAGUUUACUGGUAUGAAAGCACACUGUUGCUGCUGAUAUACGGGCUGUAUGUUUUGCUGUUGUGUUUUGACACUAAGAUCAGCCGAUGUAUCAUGAAGAAAUGCAGUAGCUGCUGUCCCUGCCUUGCCAAAGCUAUGGAGGAAAGAAGUGAACAACAGACACUGCUGGGGUGGGAAGAUGAGAGCCAGCUCUUCAUUCGUCGCCAAUCAAGGACAGACAGUGGAAUAUUUCAGGAAGAUUCUGGUUACUCCCAGCUUUCUCUAAGCUUACAUGGUCUUGGUCAAGUUUCUGAAGAUCCACCAAGUGUUUUCAGCAUGCCUGAAGCAGACUUAAAGAGAAUUUUUUGGGUACUCUCUCUUCCUAUUAUUACAUUACUUUUUCUGACAACACCAGACUGCAGAAGAAAGUUUUGGAAAAAUUAUUUUGUGAUAACCUUUUUUAUGUCUGCACUAUGGAUAUCUGCAUUCACAUACAUCCUGGUUUGGAUGGUCACAAUAACAGGGGAAACACUAGGAAUUCCAGACACAGUAAUGGGCCUUACUUUAUUGGCAGCAGGUACAAGCAUACCAGACACAGUCGCAAGUGUGUUAGUUGCAAGAAAAGGUAAAGGAGACAUGGCUAUAUCUAACAUCGUGGGAUCCAAUGUGUUUGAUAUGCUAUGCCUAGGUCUUCCCUGGUUUAUUAAAACUGCAUUUACGAAUGCAUCUGCUCCUGUAGAAGUGAAUAGCAAGGGACUCACGUACAUAACCAUUUCUCUCAGCAUUUCAAUUAUCUUUCUGUUCUUAGCAGUUCAUUUUAAUAGCUGGAGACUAGACCGAAAAUUGGGGACGGUAUGCCUAGUGUUAUACUUAGGACUUGUUACCUUAUCAAUUCUAUAUGAACUUGGAAUUAUUGGAAAUAACAGAAUAAGGGGCUGUGGAUUUUGA